AUGCCCUUCUACGAGUUGACGCUCAUCACUCGCUUCGUUAUCAAAGGCCGAUCUCGAGCUGUCAUUGAAAAGGCCGAAUCACUUGGACAUCGUGAUCUCGCCUACCGCCGGAUAGCCAAACAAACGAAUGAGAAAGUCUACACAUCAAACAUGUUCCUUUUCUGGACACACAUGUCACGAGAAAUGCGCGAAUCGGUGGACAGCAUUUUGAGGCAAGACUUGGACACAGUGCACGUCGGAAUUGUGACGAAUGAGGAAAAAGAACCGAUCGAAUGUAAUCUUGAGGAACUC